UAGAACUAUGAGGUGUAUACGCCUUUAAGAAAAAGGGGGCGUAACUUGUAUUCUUGCCUUCCGCAGACAUUAUUGGCUGUACCAUGCGCCCUCUAAAUUUGAACAUAAAAGCAAGAAGAAGAGAAGUAUGAACAGAAUGGCGCCAGUUUAAAAGAAACCCCUCCUGUCACCUAGCAGAUCAGGAUGAAUACAUAUUGUGCGCCAGACCAUGUUAAGUUUGUCAAGAGAAACCGGGUGCUAUUGGCUGAUAUUCUCUACGACCAUGAUUUGAUACUGGAAGUAUUCCAUGAGAAAUACGACCUACCGGACAGGGAGACCAGAAACUUGAAAGCCAAGGAGAACAAGUUGGAGGCUCUGUUGGAUCUGGUUCUGAAAAAAGGAAAGAGUGCAUGCAAAGUGUUUAUCUCUCUGCUGCGGGAGAACCUUGAGGUGAAGAAGACCUUCCCCCGGCUCACUGAAAUUGACUUCAACCCGCUGGACCCCGCGUCCCCAUCUCCACCUCUUAGUCCUCAAAUCCCAAACUCAGCCAAGAGAGCGGGACCUUCACGAGGGUUAGGAGCCAGACGUUUACAGACCCAAGGCUCAACCAGAAAGGGGCCGAUUUCUCUGCAAGGCUACCUUCAGCAGGUCUCAGAGCUCAUCCAGAAUAAGAAGUCCCAGUUCUUCAAAACCAACAUGAGGAUCAAAGACCAGACCUGGGUUGUCAUGGUCUUCAACACUGGACUACGACAAGAAUUCAUCAACAUGGAAAAAAACAAGAGUCUUGUUGUCCUGGAGAGACUGAAAAGGGGCUGGUCGGAUAGUAUACUCUUCACAGACUCCUCCAGGGUCAAGGUUCUGGACGAUCGGCUGUUCACAGGUAACCCGCACUUCGGCGUACCAUUGGUCACCUCGGUGACCAAUGUGAAUGUCCCCUCUAACAUCCAGUCCACCCAGACGAGCACCCCUUUUCCACCUUACGAUCCGCAACCCCCCCUGAGGACCAUCACCAUGGAGAUCCUCGGCGUCCGUCUGAAGGAAAAGUUCUCCUGCCCACGGGACCACCUGCUGGAGGACCUCCCCCCUAGCCAGUACGUGGACUGUGGGCUCUGCGAUAUGAAGUACGGCAAGGCGGCUUUAAAACGGGUUCUGAAUGGGAAGGUGUUUGUCAGGGAGUCUGACCAGUUCUUGGAGCUGACAGAUGACCAUGUCAGGAACCUGCUGAAGGAGGCAAUGGACGAGGGCUGCGACACCAUCGACAAAUUGGAGAUAGCCCUGAAAGAAGUCUGCUUUCUUAAAGUCACCUUAAGCAACAAUAUUGUCAUCUCUGUGUCCAGAGCGAGCCCUGAUGCCUCUCAGUGCAGGGCUACUCAUAUUGUUUGUUAG